GAGGAUUCACACGGUCUAAACUUAGACCCGAACAGGCUUGUGAGCACAGUCUCGCAAAAAAACCUGCACUGGAUUUAACUGGAAUUUUCAGAGGUUUGGUGGAAUAGCUGAAAAAGAGCUAGAACAGAAUUCUCAGCUGAAUGUAUGAAACUGAACUGCGCAGUGAAAAUGCUGGAGAAGAAGAAUAACUGACAGCAGACGGAGAGGAAAUGUGACUAACAUUGCACAACAGUGGCCGCUAAGCAGAAUCAAUAAAACCUUCAGGACACAAACAUUCAGGACGGACCUCAGUGGGCGACUUUGAAGUGAUUCUUCUGAAAAUGUCUCUGAAAAUUGACUCAUUUUUGGUCCUUUGUGUGGUUUUUAUAUGCGCCCCUCAGUGCCAUGCAGGCUGUGCGGAGGUGGACUCUAUGACCGAGGCGGUGGCUGGUGAGAGCUUCAUGCUGGGCUGUAUUUCGUGUAAGCGGAGGGAGGAGGUGUCUGGAGAGACCGCUGUGGACUGGCACUUUAAACCUGAUGGGACAGACGAGUUCUACCAUAUCUUCCAUUAUGAAUACCCGCUCUCCACCAUCCUCCACAAAGACUUUGAGGGCCGGCUGGAGUGGCACGGGACGGAGGGCACGGCGGACAUUCAGAUCGGCGCCAUCUUCAUCCACAACGUCACCUACAACGACACGGGAACCUACACGUGCACCUUCGAGCGCACGCUCUUCUUACCUCCGGGAGAACAACACGUCACCAUCCAGAAGACAGUGGAGCUCGCAGUGGUGCCUGAAGCGAAUCGUGAGCUGACUGCGUUGAUCUCUGAGAUCAUGAUGUACGUUCUGAUCGUGGUUCUGCAGCUGUGGAUGAUCGGAGUGCUGAUUUAUUGCUAUAAGAAGAUCUACGCUGAGAAUGAAGCGCGCGAGGCUCGGAAAGCUCUGCGCGACACAAACAAACUCAUUGACCCGAAGGACACGUGCGAUGGGGUGCAUUUGGAGUGACUGCGGUGGUCAAUGUGGUCAGCAUGGUUUGUUAUAGUGAAUAAUAAAAGAGCUCUGAGUGUUGUGUUUGUAUAGUUCUACAAAUUCUGGAGUUAUUUUGGAGAUAUGUGCUCGUGUGUUUCUAUAAGGGUUACCAAAUCCAGAAAGCUUUGAUAUUGCAAGCAAGAAAUAUUAUAAAUGCUGCAUUAAAACAUGAGAAAUUAUGUUAAAUAGAAAACUGUUGGUACUUAGAUACGAACGUGAAAAAACAACUCCAGCACUUAAGCUUUUAUUACUGCUUUGCAAGAGUAUUUUAACAGAUUUGUGUUGUAGUUUGACUUCUGUAUCCUGAUGACCUUAUGUUUGAAAAAAUCACUAAGAAUCCAAAAACUGCUUUUUAUCAAAUAAAAGGUUUAUAUAAAAUUGUGA